AUGGAGACGAAUUGGGCUGCAGAAGAUACCCGUUCCGCAAUGGAUGGAAAUGCUGAUUCUGCAGACGGUGCCGGACAUGGAGAUAAACUAACAGAGUACAGUCUCAUCAAGCUCGAGGGCGUUGAGGACUCCAAGGCCGCUACCUUCUACUCCGGCAAGAAGGUCGCUUUCGUCUACAGAGCCAAGCGUGAGGUCAGAGGGUCAAAGAUCAGAGUCAUCUGGGGCAAAGUCACCCGGCCACACGGUAUGCUCAAACAUGACUUCCAACAUGGAGAACAGAAGAACGGCUGUGUUUUAGAUACUGACGGUUUGAUAGGAAACUCUGGUGUUGUCCGUGCCCAGUUCCGACACAACCUACCCCCCAAGUCGUUCGGUGCAUCCGUCAGAGUCAUGCUUUACCCAUCUUCCAUCUAG